CAAAAAUGCACAUUUAAUGCAUACAUUCAUACUGUGUUCACCUGCAGUAGAGGGGAUCAGGGGCGGGAGGCGUAACCUUUCCUAAUCUUCUGAGGGGGACAGAGAGUAUAAAAGACCUGUAACCCUUGCACCACUUCCAAAGAAAGCCAAGCGUUGACAUCCAUCCCUCCACAGGAGAGACAGACGUAAGAAACGGUGCAGCUGCACCCAGUCAACAGCCCAUCAAUCAACAAACCGCACUACAUCACGGGGAGCGAAGACAUAGAAAAGAGACCAGCAGUGACCGACAGCCAUGAAUCUUGAGCCACCCAAACCAGAGAUCAAAUCCGCCACCAGCGUCACCGGUGGUCCCGCCACACCACGCAAAGGACCACCCAAGUUCAAGCAGAGGCAGACUCGCCAGUUCAAGAGCAAACCACCAAAGAAGGGUGUUCAAGGCUUUGGAGACGACAUCCCUGGCAUGGAAGGUUUAGGCACUGACAUCACUGUCAUCUGCCCCUGGGAGGCCUUCAACCAUCUGGAGCUUCACGAGCUGGCUCAGUAUGGUAUCAUCUGAGCCCGUCACCUUCCUGUCAUGUUCUCCAUAGCACCUGCCUCCACCCUGGCCAUCGUCUCCACGUGGACCAUUCCGACUUUUAUAACAGAAUAAACACCAAAAACAGCAACUUUUAUAAAAAUGGAAAAACGACGAAAAAUCUACAAAAAAAAACAAAAACAAAUCUGACUGUCUAUCCCUCCGGUUUCUUUUCUUUCUUGCAGUCCAAGAACACGUUCUGCUCAAACUGUAGAACAGAAAAAGUCUCGUCAGAUCACGUUCUGUUUGACUAGCGAAAAACGCUGCUCUUUUUCUUUGCUCUCUUCUUCUCAUUCCACCCUCCUUCCCUGAUUUUCUUCUGGAACACGAAACGUACGCAAGCAAGACAGCCUCAGAGUGAGUAAAAGCAAGACACGUGCCCGUGAAAUGAAUGGCUUCUCGUUUCACGUGCCUCGGUGCCUCCUCUGUCCACCUUCGCCGAGUUCAUAAGAAAAGAUCGAAGUCCUGUAGAGAUGAAACACACUGCUGGCCGACAUUAGAUUCCCAAAACUUUAUUUUAUUCCGUUAUUUCCCCAUCAAGAUACCCAGUUGGGUAAUAAAUGCAGAUUUUAAAGUUUCACCCUCUUGUACUAUUUUUUCCAUUUCUGUGUAUUCUGUGUAUGGAUACCCUCAGAAACUGUUUUAAUAUCACGUUUGCUUUGUGCUUUGCAACCCCUUUAUUCAACGCGUUCAUAUGUUAGCACACAAACAGGCACGCUUUCGUUUAUGGCUAUAAUUCUCGGUUUCAGUAAGUCUCUCAUGUGACUGUUAGGGAACAGUUUGGGCUGUCAUGUCUUGUGUUUCUUUCUUGUGUAGUUAUUUCAUUUUCAUCACCAUCGUUUGUCAUCAUCAUCAUCAUCAUCAUCGUCAUCAUCGUCAUCUCUUUAUCAUUGUGCCCCAUUUAAUAUCAUUUCUAAUGUAUUCAUUACUUUCCAUUUGUACAUUUCACUGUAAAAUAUUAUUAAUUAUAAUUUAAUCUAUUCAUUUAAAUGUCCUGUAUCUUUCAUAGAUUUAUGAUUUUCUAGCCAAUAAUUCUUCUAAUUUUCUUUCACUUUAUUGGCAUCGUGUCAAGUGUUUAUUUCCCUAUGUUUAUGUUUGUUGCAUGCUCCAUCUUUCACUGUUUUAUGUUCAUUUAUUCAUUUGUACAUCCAUUAGUUUAGUCACAUUCUAGGAUUUUUUCAUUUAGUAUAAAAGCCUAUUUCCCACACAGCCAGAUCUUCAUUCAUCCAAAUGAUAUACCCAAAGUAUGAAAAGAUACGGUUUGCACAAGCACGAACAUUUGUUUAUUUCUGCACAGAUCCUUUAUGUGGUAGGAUUGUGUGUCCUUCUGAAUCCUUAAGUCUUCAGUGAAGUUCUUCUGUGUUGUUUAGGCCUGUAUGCAGAUGUAGGGUUUCAGGCUGAACAUGCAUCUGUUUUGAGGGCAUGUUUGAGGGUUGACAACAUCAGUGACUAAAGUGAAGAUUUCUCUCUACAGGAUGAGAUCAA